UUUGUUCGCUCGAAUCAGUUCUUAUAUUCGUCGCCGUCUGAUCAUAUACGCAAACAUCCCCCAAAAUUUCCUGACAAAACAGAGAGGGAGAGAGAGAGAGAUUGACAGAAACUCUCUGCAAUGGCAACGGACAAACCAGUGAUGGUGGUCGGGAUCGACGACAGUACGCAGAGCUUCUACGCCCUUGAAUGGACUCUCGAUCACUUCUUCUCACCCUUCCCUUCCAACCACCCUUUCAAGCUCGUAAUCGUACACGCAAAACCAUCUCCCACUUCGAUGGUCGGACUCGCCGGACCCGCUGCUGCCGAAGUAUUGCCGUUCGUCGAGGUGGAUCUGAAAAAGAUUGCAGCUCGUGUUGUUGAAAAGGCCAAAGAACUCUGCCGCUCCAAAUCUGUGGAUGACGUUAUCACAGAAGUGGUCGACGGAGAUCCCCGGAAUGUUCUCUGUGAGGCUGUGGAGAAACAUCAGGCAACCAUGUUGGCUGUGGGCAGUCAUGGUUAUGGAGCUAUAAAAAGGGCGGUUUUGGGCAGCGUAAGCGACUAUUGUGCUCACCAUGCACACUGCACCGUCAUGAUAGUGAAGAAGCCCAAGAUCAAACACUAAUAUACUCAUUCGUACAUGAAAUAAAGGUCUUUCGAUAUAUUAACAUACCCUUAGAUAUGGCCUAAAUGCUUAUUAAAUGGCAUGUGUGUAAUAAUAUCUGGAACAUCUACCUUAGAUUGAUUCAAUAAUUCCAAUUGGUUGGAGGGUAAAGGGUUUGUAUUAUGCAUCUAGCUUACAUUGCGAAUAACGGCACGAAUCUUGUGUAUACGGAUAUAUUAUUCUCACAAAUGAACUGUUUGAGAGGCACGACUUUGUAUUGUAAAAGGUAGUCGUGGAAAUUUACUAUCAUUAUUUAA